GUUUAGUGCCAUUCAGUGUGCCGCUGCAGUCCCCAGGACGUUGGCCGAAGUUUCUGAAGCGCAGACGUCUGUGCAGGCUGGUUCCCAGACACCAAGUGACACGAAUGCUGUCAGCGCACCCGUGGUCAACGGCCACGGUCCAUCAACUGCUAAAGAGACCUCGCAGCAGCCCAAAGGGAUCAUGGGAAUGUUUGCAGCGAAAGCAGCUUCCAAACCUCAGCACACAAAUAAAGAAACUAAAGCAGAGACUAAGGAGGCCCCAGGUGUGUCUGCAGUAAGCAGCAAACCACCAGCAAAGAGCAACAUAAUGAACAACUUCUUUGGAAAAGCUGCCAUGAAUAAACUCAAAGUCAACUCUGUGCCUGAGCAGCCAAAGGAGGAGAAAGAAGUAGCCAAGCCUUCAGUUCCGGUAGCAGAGCCAGAGUCAUCCCCUAAUACUACAGUGGAGAAACCUGGAAAGAAAACAGAGUCUGCUAGAAGUCAACAACAGGACAAAAAAAGUAAAAUGAAGAGGGUGGACAAGUUGGAUAACGAGGAAGAAAGGGAUCCUGAAAAUCUAAAGAAAAAGAGGAAGCGAAUCAAACAACUUCAGUCUGACAGCAGUGAUGAGGAAGAUGUCGCACUGUCUCCUGCACCUGAGGAAGAGAAAGCUCCAUCUCCACCUCCUGUACCUGCUCUGAAAACUGAACUGGAGCCUGCAUCCGCCGAGGUUUCAGUUGGAGGGAAGAAGAGGAAGCGGAAGCGUGUGCUGAAAUCCAAAAUGUUUAUUGACGAGGAAGAAGGCUGCAUGGUGACUGAGAAGGUUUACGAGAGUGAAUCCUGUACAGAUAGCGAGGAUGACUUCACCAAGUCCAAGCCACCAGCUGCACACAAACAGCCUGCACCACCUAUGAAGAAAGAACCAAAGGAAGACAGGAAGAACCUGAAAAAAGGGGCAGCUGCUGCCAGCAGAGCCAACAAACAGGUCUCCAUCAUGGGUUUUUUUCAGAAGAAAUGA